AUGCUAACUGAAACAUGGUUCACUAAUUCAUCAAUUGUAAACAUAACAAAUUUCACUAUUUUUAGAAAAGAUUGUGAUUCUAAAGGUGGUGGUGUAUGUAUUUAUGUUUCGAAUCAUCUUAAGUCAUUAGAAAUAACUGACAAUCAGCUAUGUAGAGAGAAUAUUGAACAGAUUUGGUGCAAUAUAAAAAUUGCUUCUGAAUCGAUUUUAGUGGGAUGCAUUUACAGACCAAAUGACGACGCAACAACAAUUAAUAAAAUACUGAAAUCAAUUAAACGAGCAAAAGAACUAAGAAAUAAAGGCCUAUUUACUAGCAUAGUAAUUGCGGGAGAUUUUAAUUUAGCCGGCAUUGAAUGGGAAAGCGACAAUACACACAGAACUUCCACACAGUAUGAACAAACAUUUAUUGAAACGUUACAUGACAAUAAUUUAACUCAGUUAGUCAAUUUUCCAACAUUUAUUAAAAAUCAUGAUGAAUCAGCUAAAACAACUUUGGACUACAUAAAAAUGAACCAACCUGAACGGCUUGAUCAACUACUAGACUUUCCUCUUCUCGGUGCUACCUGCAGAGGUAGAGGUCAUCUAGUUCUUACCUGGCGCUAUUUAUUAAAUAAAUCAACAACCAAUAAUUACGACAAUAAUUUAAGAAAAAAAUACACAUUCGACAAAGGUAAUUAUGAAUUAAUUAAACAAUACUUUAAUAAAAUAGAUUGGGAUUCAAAAUUUACCAACUCAAGUAUUGAUGAAGAUUAUGAAUACUUUGUUAAAGAAUAUAUAUUAGCUUGUAAUAAAUUCAUACCAAUAAGAAAUAAUAAAAACAACACAAAUAAUCUCGAACCAUGGAUAAACAAAACAGCAAAAAUUGCUCUUAAAAUCAAGCAUAAACUCUACAACCGUGCAAAAAAUAAUAAUUGGCGUAGGACACAAAAAACGAAAUCAAAAUACAAUAGGGCAGCUAAACAUGUAAAAAAAGAAAUAUUUAAAUCAACUUGUGCCUUUGAAAGACACUUAGCUCAUGAGUCAAAAAAGAAUCCUAAAUUAAUCUAUACAUAUAUCAAUAAACGUCAACAAGUAAAACGUGCAAUUAGAUCACUAUAUGAUAAGAUAGGUAACAUCACAAACGAUCAGAUAAAUAUUGCGAAUACGAUUAACAAUCAAUUCCAAUCAGUUUUUGUCAAAGAACCAGACGAUGAGCCAGUUUUUCCAAUAAUCACGGAACAUAAAUGUUCUCUGUUAACUAUAAUACAAGAUAUCAACGAACAAACUAUCAAAAUCAGGCUCGAAAACGUUGACACAUCCAAAUCAAUUGGUGGUGAAAACAUUCACCCAUUUGUUCUCAAACAUGCAUCAGUGGCUAUCGCGAUACCACUAAGCCUUAUAUUUAAAAAGAGCCUUGCAACACAAACGGUACCAAAAAACUGGACAGAAGCAAAUGUUACUCCUGUAUUUAAACAAGGUAACCGUUUAUUAGCUGAAAACUAUCGUCCAAUAUCUUUAACAUCUAUAGUAUGCAAGAUCUUAGAAAAAAAAGUAAGAGAAGCUUUAACUGCACACUUAGAGCUUCAUGGUCUACUUUCAAAUUCUCAAAAUGGAUUUACCACUAAGAAAUCCUGUGUAUCAAACUUGUUAGAAACUCUUAAUACUAUAACUAAGGCCCUAGCUCAGGGUCACCAUGUGGACGUAAUCUACUUGGACUACGCAAAAGCGUUUGAUACUGUGCCACAUAAAAGACUGUUAGCGAAACUAUUAUCUUAUGGAAUCGAAAACGAUCUUGUUAAAUGGAUAAGGGCCUUUCUCUCUAAUCGUCGUCAGAGAGUAGUACUAGGGGAAACGGUCUCUGACUGGUGUAAUGUUACAAGUGGAGUACCACAGGGCUCAGUUUUAGGGCCUCAACUAUUCAACAUCUACAUUAACGACUUAACACGUCUAUUAGACAACACUAGUAAACUAUACGCGGACGACACUAAAAUAAUUUCAAUUGUAGACACGCAUCAGCAGUCGUUAAACUAA